GCGGUAGCGCUGUUGAAGGGUCUGGGUUUGCUGCGGGGCUGGGGAGGCUGGCGACGGAGCUCUCAGGUAGUCCUACUGGAAUCCCGCGGAGGUGAGAACGAGAAGCGACCUAUUCGCCCCCUCCUCUAACGGGGAGGAAGGGCAGGGGGGUGGGCUCUUCCAUCUUCCCCUCCCCCUGGCCUCCUUUCCGGAAGAAGGGAGUGGGAGUAAGUGGCUCGGUCUCCCCCUUCUCCUUCCCCAAUAUGUGCCGGCUUAGGGGGUACGCUGCAGAUAAGGGACAGUGCUCUGGGUGACGCUGGCUCUUAGGGGGCAUCUUUAAAAAGGUGGCUUAAGGAAAACGGUAAACCUGAACGAGGGUGGCGGUUGAUUUGUUGCAGGGACUCUGCUUUGAGUGAGGAGACCCCCCUCCCUUUCAGUACUUGCUCCCCUUUUAGGGUGAAAAGAAAACGAGGGGGGCGGAUUUCGUUCAUUAAAAGAAAGUGCAGUUUUGCCUAAGAAGAGCUUUUUCUGUUUCUUUUCUGCUUAAAGCUAAAACGGCCAUGUCAACGGUUUUUAUGCAAAAAUAUUGCAGUGGAAUAUCCAGAUGCAGUUAUAGUUGACUUUUAAAGUCUUUCAGUCUCAUGGGCAAGACCUGAGAAAGAGACAGUUGUGCAUGUAAAGACCUGAUUUUGCUAUUUAAUUAAAAGAAAGAAGAGACUUGUAUUUGGAUAUUGAAGCUAUACAGCAAGGUGUUAUACACGUAACAAUGAAUCAAACAGACAAUAAUCAACAAGAUGUUCCUCCAUACCUUAAUGAUGAGCCACCAGAAGGUUCCUUAAAAGAUCAUCCACAGCAACAGCCUGGCAUGCUCUCUCGAGUGACUGGGGGCCUCUUCAGCAUAACAAAGGGAGCCGUUGGUGCUACAAUUGGUGGUGUAGCAUGGAUAGGAGGGAAGAGCCUGGAAAUGACCAAAACAGCUGUUACAGCCGUGCCUUCUGUUGGAGUAGGAUUGGUUAAAGGAAGUGUUUCUGCUGUGACGGGAGGUGUUACAGCUGUAGGUUCUGCUAUUUCAAGUAAAGUGCCUUUAACAGGAAAGAAAAAGGAUAAGUCUGACUAAAAGAAAAGACUGAGACCUGUUUGUCUCUCUGGCUUUGGAAUCUGCAAAGAUUUGGACUGUAACAAAGCUACAUGUUUUAGACUCCUGAAAAGCUGUAUGAAUAACUUCACCUGAAAGGGACACAAACAGCUUGGUAUGCAGUGCCCAAAUGUUCUAAAAUGUUAUAUUUCUUCAAGCUGUCACCUGGUGAAAUGUUACACUUGAUAAAUAUGGGAUCAAGUAGUUGUGUCCAAAGGGGUAGUUUCAUUUGAAUAUUAUUUCACUGUAGAUCAUUUCCAGUCUUGAACUAAAAAUGUGAAAAUAGACAGCACGAUUUAGCCAAAAUUUAAGUACUCUGAUUCUACUGUGGAGAUUUAAGCAUGUACUUAAUUUCCCUCAUUAUAAUCAGUUGAAAUUUAUAGUGCUUACUUUUUGGCUGGACAAUGCUUUUGGCAGCCUCCGCAGUACCAUAAAUAUAUUGGUUUUCCAACUACAAGUCUAAGGUUUCUGUAUCUUUAAAAAAUAAGGAAUCAUUGAACUGACAUCAUAUAUCUUUGCUUUUUGAAACUAUUUUUAUAUUCUCUCUAAACUCCUUAUGUGGUGACUGCUGUUGAGAAUUGCGUGUGUGUGUGUGUAUAUAUGUACGGUAUAUCAAUACAAUCAUUCAUGCCUUAUGGUGAAACAAUCUAUUUUUACUUAGUGAAACGAUAAGAAUUUUGUAAUGUCCCUCAUUUCAAUGCAGUCUGUAGAAGCAGCUUACACUUAAAAAACAAAAACCCUGUUGAUACUGACUGGAGAGAGACUGCUAAAUCUCAGGUGUAACUUUACAAGUACCCACUCCUUAUCUUAAAAAAAAUCCCUUGUGCUGAUAGUUUGUUUAAAUUGAACAAGUCCAAGUUUACAGUCCAUAUAAUAUUGGAUAACUUGUAGCUUUAGAAAAAAACACUUCUGUAUUAUUUAGCUAGAAGCCUCAAAAAUGACUCUUGACUCUAUUUCUAGAUAAAAAGACAAUCCAGCAACACUGUUGCUAUAUAUUCUCAGUGGGUGAAAAUGGACAGAGAUUAUGCUGUUGCUGUUAUUGAUGGAUGUAACUCUUUAUAAUUUCCAGUAUAAGAACAUAAAGAAUUUACCUGGAUUACAAACAUAUUUUUUCCUGAAGAUCAAAAACAAAGUGAUACCCAAAAUUGGCAAUAGUAAAAGCAAAGCAAUUAAAAUGAAUUGCCGAUUUAUAUAAAAAUUACAGCUUUAUCACAUGCAUUUUCCCGAGUGACCGGGAUAAGAUGUGGGAAUCUAACAUGCUCUUCAGCUUUCAAUCUCUAACCUAUUCGCUCCAGAAUAGUCCUAUCGAAAUUGAUGGUUUGCACUCUGGAGUAAGUUGGUUUAUGCAUUGUGAGUUUGUUUGGGAACUCUUCAGCAUGUUCUUGUUGACUUUCUAGCAUUUUCCGUAGUCUGUAAAAGAUGGCUAAAGUGCACAUGAAUAUUCUGUAUGCAGUAUUUCCUAAAAUGUAUGUGUGUAAAAAUAUAAAUAAAAGAGAUUAACCAUA